AUGUUCAAACUAUUUCUAUUUCUCCUCGCUCUGGUUUCUACAGUGCGUGCCGAGCCCAAGUUUAUUCCGCUUAACAAAUUAUCGCCUUUGGUCAUAUCUACCAUAACUAAUGUGGAGAAUGGAGCCAAUGUAUACUUGGCUUCAAAAGAUGACGAUAAAUACUUGAAGAACAUUUUCCUUAAAUCUGGUGAUAAUACAUACACGCUGGAUCAGCUCAAUGACUUUGAUGACAAUAGUACUCCGAAGAGUAUUCAAGCAUCUGGAGACUUGACGAUAUCAACUACAAAUGAUUAUGAUACAACAACUCGUUUAACUGGAUUUAUUUACGUCACUACAAAGGUUCAAGCGUUAGACCCAAAUUUCUUGGUUUAUGUGAUCAAAACAUCAAACUCAAUUAGUGUUUCCGGAACCAAGGCAACAGCAGUCAUCUUGAAUACAAAACUGAACUCUGAGACCGCUGAUGCUGAUGAACCAUUUAAAACAUCGUAUGUCACUGAAAUCACCCAGUCGCCUAGUACAAAUAUCAAUUUUCAAUGGGGACUGCCAUCCGAUGAUUGGCAGGAUGGCACAAACAAUACAUUUUUUCAGAAUCCUAUCCAAUAUGCGAACUUUGAUACAACAUUCUUUAAUCACAUCGAGCCCCUUCAAAUCGGAUUGGAUUUGUGGUACUUUACAGUGACGGGAACAGUAAAAAUGCGAAUUGAAAAUAAGUAUGUGAGCAAUCAUGACUACACAACAACCGCAGUCUCUACAACUGGCUUGAUUCUCGGUAACAAUGUUUAUCAGGAGCACGUAGUGAACUUCCAGAGAGAUGAUACUCUCUCAGGAACAUCUGGACUCAUUACUACCGCCUUCGUCCAAACAUCUGAUCUCACUACUUUCAUGCAAUAUAACUCAAAUAGCAUCAAAACUGAAUACAAUCAUGAAAUUGCUAUUGGUAAUUUGGAUUUCACUCGCCAACAGCCUAUGAAGUUAACUAUAAGUUCUACAAGUCUACUACCCGGGACAUUUUACUGUCAGUAUUUUACAAUGACUGGGGGCUUGUUGCCAACGACUACUCCACAAACGACGACUCUUGGAUCUUCAACUACCUCGGGUUUAACGAGUACAGUUCCUUCUAGUACGACGACUGUUGCCACCACAACUAAAGGAUAUCCAGUGAUUCUUCGAUUGGAAUGUAUCCUUGCUUUGUUAAUACUUUUUUCAUACUUUGAACUCGGUGCAAUGCAAUGA